AUGAGUGAAGAAGUGGCGUGUAUUCGAGAAAACAACCGUUUUUUAUUAAAAUUGAAUCGUCGUUUACAUAGAGAUGAGAUAAAUGAUGUACGCCGAACGGUAACAAACUGUAUGACUAAGGAAAAUGUAUCGGAAAUUGCUAGAAAGUUGAAAACAAGAGCGCCGAUCACAGCUAAAGAACUAGGUCAGCUCAAAAAUGCGUUAAUGGAUGAUCCACAUAACAUCCAAGUAGUGCUCAGUGUACACGGAGCUCUUAGAGGCUUAAUACGAGAAUUGACUGGUGCGAAUGUGAAAAAGCAAUGUGCUGCAGCUGGAUGCAUUUGUAAUUUGGCCUUAGGAGAUACCAAGGCUUGUACAAUAAUCUCAAAGGCAGCGGGGACUUAUUUGGUUGCUGCAGUUGAUAACCUCGUCACUGAACUGGCCGUGACAUGUGUAUGGACGCUGGGAAAUUUGGCAGCAUCACGUAAAAAAGUAUGCAAUAUCCUCACAUCACAGGGUGCUCUAUCGAAAGUGAUGGAGUUGCACACAAAUGAAGAGUUGCAGGAUGCUUGCUUGUACGCAUUGAAGCAUUUCGUUUAUCAAUUGGGAGAUGAAUUGAAACCAGAACACCUACAAGCAACCCUGAAUACACUAUCGAAACUACAACUGAACGUGGAAACAUCAGAAGCACUCUUCAUCCUCUCCUGUCACAGUGAUUUUCCAGACUUGAUCACAGAGGAACUGCUAUUAAAACUAUUGGAAGACUUCAUCCGAUGCAUGGAACAUCAUCUGUGCACCAGAAGAGAACAAGAGCUGGUUUAUGUUACUCGGACACUUGCAAAUUCAAAUGUGUGUGGAUAUAUAUUGAAUUAUCCUAAUGUUAAACAUGUGUGUGAGUUGUGUAAAAAAGUGCUAUCGGUGGACAAUGUUGUGGUGAAUAAAUCGAUCAUGUGGUUGCUUGGUAACAUUUAUAAGGCCUGUGGUGAAAGUUACAGACUACUGGUACUAGAUGUGACGGUGGUGGUAUGA